AGCCAGCCGCCCUCUGCGGAAGCGCCCGGGAUGGGGAAUGCCCACGUGGUCAGCACAGGCUGCCUCCUUCCCCAACCCGGCCAACCCCGCGCCCGCCGGCCGCUGAAUCAAAGGGGCGCUGCCUACCCGGGCGUUCCCCGCGAAGCUUCCUCCUGACCCGGGGCUUUUCGUGAGGUCGAGCCGUUCUCUCGGCAAAGCAACAAGUGUUUCAACGACGCCCUGCGGACAGAGCGAAGAGUCUGAAAGUAACUCUGCACGUGCGCCGGCGGGGCGGCCGGGCAGCUGGAGGUGUGGCCGCGAGUGCCAGCGCCCGGGGUGACUCACUCGGACCGCGCCGGGCUCUCUCCCCGCAGCCGGUGCUCCACCAUGCCCCGGACCUCGGUUCUCCUGCUCACGGUAUUUACCUUCAUUCCUGGACCACUGUCCAAAACUGCUAAUGCGAGAGGGAUUGAUACCAGCUCCGAAGGGCUGAAAUUAAAGAGAGAAAUUACUAAAACAGAGACCCAGUGCACAGAAGACAGGCAUCCUGUAGGUCAAUUCUGCUGCCGGCUGUGUCCUCCCGGCACAAAGAAAGCUGCUGACUGCACAUCAGAUGAAAAUGAAACACACUGUGUGCCCUGCAAAGAAGGGAACGAGUACACAGACAAACAGCAUUAUUCCUCUCAAUGCAGACGAUGUACAUUUUGUGAUGCAGGGCAUGGCUUAGAAGUGGAAAGAAACUGUACCCGAACCCAGGAUACCAAGUGCAGAUGUAAAUCGAACUUUUAUUGUAGCAGUCCUGUGUGUGAACACUGUGACCCCUGCAUCAGGUGCGAGCAUGGAAUCAUUGAGGAAUGCACACCCACCAGCAACACCAAAUGCAAAGAAGAAAUUACAGGUUCCAGUGCUAACUUGUUGUGGUUGUUGCUGCUACUGCCCUUUGGGGGGCUAGUUCUUGGGCUAUGUAUCUAUAAGAAAUACUUCAGGAACAACCGUUCUUGCCAUGGAUAUACGUUCCCACGUUCUGAAACAGAAGGAGAGCCACCGAAUUUCUCAGAUGUUGAGUUUAGUAAACAUAUACCUAAGAUUACGGAAAUAAUGACAAUAAAUGAGGUUAGAGAAUUUGUUCGAAAGAAUGGUGUCCCUGAAGCCAAAAUAGAUGACAUCAAGAAUGACAACCAACAAGAUACAGGUGAGCAGAAAGUUCAGCUGCUCCGUAGUUGGUAUCAAUUAAAUGGGAAGAAAAAUGCAUGCCAAAUUUUUAUUAAAAGCCUCGAAGAAGACAACUUUAAGGCUUACUCACAGAAAGUUCAGGAUAUCUUCUGGGCGGACGUAAGAAGCAACCAGGAAAAUUCAAACUCCACAAGUGAAAAUGAAAGGCAAAGCCUGGCCUAGAGUGCAAAACACCGAACUCAGUUUUGAUUAUAGACUGUCACUAAAUACAAAAACUAAUGCAAAAAAUGUUUUCAAUAGCAGAGGGCUGUAAAUAGGGCUUGACUUUUUAUUGGGUGCAUUUUACUUUUCUGUUUAUUAGACUUGUAGAGACAAUAUAUUGAUUUACAAAUUUUGAAGAUAUUGUAAUUCAACCUUAAGAAUGUUCCAAAUCUAGGUAAGAAGACAUACCGAGUCAAGAGUAAAUGCAAUAGUAUGUUAAGUACCCGAGUAGGAGUAUAUGAAAAGGAAAAGAAAAAGCUUAAUAUCAUGUGCUAACAUAUAAAUCCCACAAAAAUGAAUAUAAUUAAUGUAGGUUGAUACAAAUGCCUACCCACAGGGUGAUUCCAGUCCAUUAAUCCACAGAAUCUAUGACUUUUUCUUGGACUGUCAGUUACUUGAAUAGCUACUCUGCGUCUGUAUUAACUACCUGACUCCAUGGUGAGAUUUUACUGUAUUUGUAAACCUUGUCUAUGGAUCAGUCUGAAAGGAACAUGUUGAAGCAAAACUUGCAUAUAUAUCUAUAUCAUCUAUAUCUAUAUCUAUCUAUCUAUCUAUCUAUCUAUCUAUCUAUAUAUAUAUAUAUUUGGAAGAAUAAUAAAGUUCUACCUCAAAGAUCUAUGUAUAAAUCAUUGAUAAUUUUACUGUGUGACGUCUCAAUUUUGAAUUUGCAUGAAAACUGCAGAAAAAUUGCAAUGCUUGAAUGUUUUCUAUUUGUAUGCUGUUUUACUUGACAAAAUAAUUUACCUCUUAUUCAGCUGUCAUAAGCAUUUUGAACAGCAGAGUAAUACUACAGCCUUGUUACUUCAUUUCUGUUUGGUGUUCAUCUUGAUAAGUGUAAUACACUCUUAAACCUGUAAAGAUUGCCAAAGAAAUACUUAGUGAUCCCAUAAAAAUCAAGACCUCCCUUAGAUUGUGGGCCUGUCUGAGAGACUAAACUUCGCUUAGGAGGUAGUUUUAUGAUACAACGUGAGCCCCUGUCUACCACCAGUGGUGACAAGCUCUUAUUUGGCCUGUAGGCUGAAGAACUUUUCAUUAACUUUCCGUGUGUUCACCUGACCACAAAUGGCUGCUUGAAUUCAGCAAAACGAAUAUCAUCAUCAGGGUCUGAGGACUACUGCUGUUACGCUUAAGGCUUAGACAGACUUUCCUGUGCAUCACUACUCUGUUGUGUUUUACAUUCAGACAUUUCUGAAAAUUGUAUUAAAUGUGAAUUUAGGGGCUGGGGAUUUAGCUCAGUGGCGUAAGCACCUGCCUUGCAAGCAGGCGGUCGUGAGUUCGAUCCCUGGUACCAAUAAAAAUGAAAAAGACAAAAAAAAAUAUGUGAAUUUAGUAAAUGAUAUUUAGACUUAUAUAAAUGUACAGUGAACUGAGGAUAGUUAUGAUAUGAAACAUGAAUUUAGAAAUCCCUGAAGAGCUGCCCUUUUUGGAGAAUUGUUUUUCAUUAUGUUUGGAAAUGUACAACAUAGAUUAAAAUACGUAAUUAAAGCAAUGUUUUCAGUA